GAUGAUCAUGCUGAUCAUGAUGAUGAUGAUAAUGAUAACGAUGAUGAGGCCGAUGAUGAGGCCGAUGAUGAUGGUGAUGAUGAUGAUGAUGAUGAUGAUGGUGAUGACGAAUCGGAUGCUGAUAAUGAUGAUGAUGAUGGUGAGGAUGAUGAUGAUUUCGAUGAUAAAGUUGAUGAUGAUGAUGUUGAUGUAGAUGAUGAUGAUGGUGAUCAUGAUGAUGAUGAUGAUGUUGAUGAUGAUGGUGAUUCGGAUGGAGAUGAUGAUGAACAUGACGAUGAUGAUGACGAUGAUGAUGAUGAGGGUGAUCAUGAUGAGGAUAUUGAUGAUAAAGUUGAUGAUGGUGUUGUUGAUGAAGAUGAUGAUGAUGGUGAUGAUGAUGAUCAUGAAGAUCAUUAUGAUGAUGAUGAUGAUGAUGAUGAUGACGAUGAUGAUGAUGAUGUUGUUGAAGAUGAUGAUGGUGAUUCGGUUGAUGAUGAUGAUGAGUCGGAUGAUGAUGAUGAUGAUAAAGACGAUGAUGGUGUUUCGGGUGAUGAUGAUAAUGAUUCGGAUGAUGAUGAUGAUUCCGAUUAUGAUGAAGAUGACGAUGAUGAUUCGCAUGAUGAUGAUGACGAUGCUGAUGAAAUUGAGGAUGAUGAUGAUGAUGAUGAUGAUGAUGAUGCUGAUGAUGAUUAUUCGGUUGAUGGUGAUUCGGAUGUUGAUGGUGAACAUGACGAUGCAGAUGAUGAUGAUGACCAUGCAGAUGAUGAUUCGGAUGAUGAUGAUGAUGAAGAUGAUGAUGCUCAAUCGGAAGAUGAAGACGACGAUGAUGAUGAUGAUGUUCAUGGUGAUUCAGAUGAUGAUGAUGACGAUGAUGAUGUUGAUGUUCGUGAUGAUGAUGGUGUUGGUGAUGAUAAUCAUGAAUGUCAUGAUGUUGAUGAUAAUGAUGAUGGGCAUUCGGAUGAUGUUGAUGAUGAUGCUGAUGAUCGUGAUGAUUACUCGGAUAAUGAUGAUGAUUCGGAUGACGAUGAUGAUGACGAUUCUGAUGAUGUUGAUGACGAUGAUGAUGAUGAUGAAGACGAAGAUGUUGAUGAUGAUGAUCAGGAUGAAGAUGAUGAUGACAUGGCUGCUGAUGAAGAUGAUGAUGAUGAUGAUGUCGAUGAUUAUGAAGAUGAUGAAUAUGAUGCUGAUGAUGAGGAUCAGGAUGAUGACGAUGAUGCUGUUGAUGAUAAUGACGAUGAUGAUGAUUUUGACGAUGAUGAUGAUGAUGAUGAUGAUGAUGCUGAUGACGACGAUGAUUCGUAUGAUGAUGAUGAUGAUCAUGAUGAUGAUGAAGAUUGCGAUGAUGAUGUUGCUGAUGAACAUGAUAACGAUGAUGAUGAUGAAAAUGCUGAUGUCGAUGAUGAUGACGAAGAUGAUGAUGAAGAUGAUGAUGAUGAUUUAGAUGAUUCAGAUGACGUGCUGAUGAUGGAUGAUAAUGAUGAUGGUGUAGAUGAUCAUUAUCAAGUUCAUGAUAAUGAUGCUGAUGAUGAUGAUGACGACUAUGAUGAUUAUGAUGAUGAUGAUGAUAAUUCGGAUGAUGACGACGAUGAUGAUGACGAAGAUGAUGUUGAUGAAGAUGAUGAUGAUGAUUCGGAUGAUGUUGAUGAUGAUGACGACGAACACGAUGAUUACUCUUCGAAUGAUGAUGAUGAUGACGAUUUGGCUGAUGCUGUUGACGAUGAUUAUUCGGAGGAUGAUGNUGAUGAUGCUUCGGAUGAUGAUGACGAUGAUGAUUCGGAUAUUGAUGAUGAUGAAGAUGAUGAUGAUGUUCAUGAAGUUCAUGACUGGGAUCAUGAUGAUAAUGAAGAUGGUGAUGACUACGAUGAUGAUGAUGAUGAUGUUGAUGAUGAUAAGGAUGGUAAUGACGAUGAAGUCAAUGAUGACGAUGAUCAUGAUGAUGAUGUUGAUGAAUAUGAUGAUGAUGAUGAAGAUGAUGAUGAUGAUGAGGGUGAUGUUGAUGAGGAUGAUAAUGAUGAUGAUGAUGAUGAUGAUGAUGAUGACGGUGAUGAUGAAUUUGAUGAUGAUGAUGAUGCUGAUGAUCAUGAUGAUUCGGAUGAAGAUGAAUACGAUAUUGAUGUUGUUGCAUAUGAUGAAGAUGACGAUGAUAAUGAUGAUGGUAGGGAUGAUGAUGAUGAUUCGGAAGAUGAUGAUGAUUACAAUGACGAAUGCGAUGAUGAUGACGAUGAUGACGACCAUGAUGAUGAUGAUGAUGAUGAUGAUGAUGAUGAUGAUGUUGAUGACGACGAUGUUAAUGAUGAUGAUGAUGAUGAUGAUGAAGAUGAUGAUGACGACUAUGAGGACGAUGAUAAGCUAGAUAAGUCUGAUGAUCAUGAUGAUGAUGACGAUGUCGAUGAUUAUGAAGAUGGUGAUUAUGAUGCUGAUGAUGAUGAUCAGGAUGAUGACGAAGAUGAUGAUGACGGUGAUGCUGUUGAUGAUAAUGACGAUGGUGCUGAUGAAGAUGAUAACGAUGAUGAUGAUGAAA